AUGGCGGACUAUAACGCCCUCAAAACUCCACGAGUCGAUGUGGACUAUGAAAGAAGGCAGCCUGAACAGAAUGAGACGCUGUCCCCCGCCGUCCACGUCGUCCGCUUCUUCAUCGUACUGGGUAUCGCUGGCUUUAUAUUUGGCAAUAUUGCAACGUGGGCACCGCUCUAUGAACUUCACCUUUUGAACACGAUGAUGGACUGGUGGAAUGGAUAUGAGAAUGUACCUGUCGAUACCAGUCACGGCCACAUGAACUACGUUGUGGACACGGGUAUCGGUCGUAACAUCACCGAGAGCGGUCAUACCGAAAUGAUUCGACCUACGUUUCUAUUCAUCUUCUGCAUCGUUCCGUUUAUCUUCAGCGUGCUACUGAUCGAGUAUUUGCGUCACAUUAAUACGGCUCGACGCUUGACCUCCACGCUGAUCUGGCGCUUUGCGAUGCUUAUGCGCCGUAAACCUAAAUUUCCAAUUCUUGGCGUCUCCCGGUUCUCAGUCGGUGAGUGGUUUGUUGGAGUCGUCUACGUUCUAGGAGGCAAUGCCCUAUGCUGGUGGUUCCAGUGGGAUCGACGCGUUGACGCUGCCACAGAAGCGGGUACCCUCAACACUGACAAGUACUGGAAUAUUAUCGGCAUUAGCGCCUCCUACCUGUGCAUCUAUAAUAUGGCAUUUCUUUUGUUACCUGUCACCCGAAAUUCCCCCUGGAUGGAGUUUUUCAACCUUUCGUACGCUAAUGGCGUCAAGUUUCACCGCUGGAUUGGAUUUAUGACUGUCAUCACUGGCGUGGUGCACAUGCUUGGCUACUGGAUCUAUUGGUUUCGCUUAGGCACGUGGAAAGAUAACCAGCUUCCAUGCACAAGCUGCAAUUUUACGCUUGACUAUUCUGGUGGCGGUUAUUACGCCUGGUUUAAUGUCUUUGGUUUCAUCUCCACACUUGCUCUUAUACUCUUGGUCCCAACAUCGUUUCCUAUAAUUCGUCGCAAGGCCUACGAAUGGUUUUACAUCACGCACUGGGUUCUGUUUGUUAUCGCUGUAUUGUUUGCAAUCUUGCAUUGGGCUCAAAUUCUUUGGUGGAUCUUGCCAGCAGGCUGUUUGUGGUUCGUAAGCCGAGCUGCUUCUAGCUGGAAUUCUAUGACUCCCGUUUCGGUGAAAGAGUUUUCCGUCAUUGGCGAAGGUCACGAUGAUCUAAUCAAGAUUGUACUCAAACGUGCUACACCAGGUAUGUCGCCAGCAUCUUCCUCCUAUGAUUAUAAGGUUGGCAAUUUUCUUUACCUGAACGUACCGCAUAUCUCGAGGCUACAAUGGCACGCUCUCACGAUCGCGUCGUCCCCAAGGACAAGCCCCGCAGAUGUGACAGUCCUGAUAAAGCCUGUUGGAGACUGGUCGAAAAGCUUGGUGCAAUACGCAAAGGACUGUCUUCACGAUAACGUUAUGCCACUGAUGUACAUGGAUGGUUUCUAUGGCGCUUCGCUGGAGCUGUAUGAAGAUUACUCUACGGUGUGUCUGGUCGGUGGCGGUAUCGGUGUGACGCCCGUGCUUGCUGUUUUAGACGACAUUGCCACCAAAUUAUCUUUCAAUGGUGGCCAAUGGACCCAGCGUUUCACCUUCAUCUUUACCUUUCGAGAGCUCAGUUUAUUCCAGACUGUCACCCCUGUUCUUGCGAGAAUCCGCGAAAUGGACCCAAGCAAGCAAUUCUUCAUUACUCACCUGUUUGCGACGGGAACUUACUCCGAAGCUGAUCUAGCGAGAAAGCUCGAGUCAUCUUCUUUCAAAGACACUAUGAACGCGGCGACGGCAAAGUCUGCAAGCCGAGCUGCUCGACCGUUCUACGAGCCACUCCGCUCAAGCAACCUUUUGCGCUUCAUUAUGUACUCUACGCUCUUUGUGGUUGCAAUUGGCAUUGUCUUUGCCGUUCGAUGGGGGAACGGCGUCAUUCAAGGUGACAACCAUUGGGAGCUAUGGCCUCUCGAUCGUGCUUUUCAGCUGGCAAUGUUUUGUUUGACAAUUUUUGUUGUAUAUGCAUUCGUGUUCUUCGAGUAUAUCAAGUUCAGUCGCAGUAAUGCUACACAAGAGGCGUCUCCAGCUGUAGCUGAAACCCCGCGGGCACAUUACGCUGCGUAUGGUGGGGAUGUUCAUUCGAUCGGAGAUCUUAUCAACCAUUUUAACGUCGUGAUUGGUAAACGCCCCGACAUGCAGUCCCUGCUACAACAAACGCUAGAAAUUCACAAGAUGGAUGAUAUGUCGGCAAGUCUGUUGCCUUCCGUCAGUGUCAUUGUGUCCGGACCACCUGCGCUUAAAAUGGCUACAAAUGAGGCCGUGUACGCUCUGGGCGGUGGUAACUUUGACGUCCACGAAGAAGAGUUCGAGUUGUAA